AUGGAAUAAAUACUUUUUCUAAUUCAACUAUUAUACAAUGAAAAUCAAUCUAUAAGAACUAAUUCUUAAAUUGAGCUAAAUAAAAUAUUCAGAGAUAUUCAAAAUAUCUAAAAGGGCUUUUAACAAUUACUUCUACCAUUUCCUAAUUAGAAUUUGAAAUUAUAAUACUUUGUUUUUUUGAAGAAUUUCGUUAUGGAAAAUUAUGAUUAAACACCUAAAUAUUUAUAAAAAGAAAUCCAAAAUAUUAUCUUAGAUUAAAUGAAUAAAUUGGACUUUUCAUUAAUUCCUUUUUAUUGUGAAUUAAUAAAUUUUAUUAUAUAAAAAUAACUACCCUCAUUAGAAAUUGUUUAAUUCAUUAUCAAUCAAAACAGUUAUGACAACUGUCAUAUCAAAAUAAUAACAGAAAUGAUGAACAAUCCUUUUAUUAAAGUAAAAUUGUAACUAACAUAAUACCAUAUCAUUACUAAUAAAAUGAUAAAAUAUUAUAAUUGGAAUGAUAUGCAAAAAUUAAAUCUUCUUUCUGAUCUCUACAUCUCAUUGAUUAACUCUAUUUUUAAAUUUGACCAAUUAAUAUAGAAUGAAAUUAAUCUUUAAUUUUGUGAAAUCUUCACUUAUCAUUAAUAUUAAUAUGAUCUAUUAAUUAAAUUUUUAAGAGUAAUUCAUAGAUUAAAUGAAAAUCGUCUACCUCACCAAGAAUUAUAAAUAAAACUUUUUGAUUUCAUAAUGCAAACUUUUAUUGAGAAUGAAAACCAAAUAAUAGACAAAUAUUUAGCUUACAAAAUAUUGUAAGUUUUCUAACCAUUAUUAUCUUAUAGACAAAUAGAUGAGUAUUAAUAAGAAAAAAUUAUCAUUUUCACUUUAAUUAAUUUGAUAAUGCUAGAAGAAAAGUAAUAUAUAAAUCUAUUCAUUAAUUAAAGAGAUGAUAGUAAGUAAGAUUAUCUGUUAAUUAAAAUAAGAAAAUAUGGUACUCAAUUUAUCCAUUACAUAAUUGGCUAUUUUUCUGAAGAAAUAUUAAUUAAAUAAAUAUUUUGUUUAAAAGAUUUAAUUAAUAAUUAUUAACAAAAAAAAUAUGAUUAUAUCAAAUUAGAAGCUCAGUAUUUUGUUAUAAAUGAAAAUAUUUCUUUAAUCCCUAUUUAUAUUUUCGAUGACAAAUUUAUUAAUGAGACGUUUAUAAUUCUGUAAGAAUAAAAUGUUAUCUAUAUUCCUUUGAAAAUGUAAGUUCUUGAAUUAUUAAAAAAAUUGAUAUUAAAAAAUGUUAUUGAACUAAAUUAAAUGAAUAUUUUCAUAACAAUUUUAUAAUAAUAACUGAAUCCAAAUAUAAUAAAUUAUCCAAAUUAUAUCUGCAAGAUUGUAAACAAUCUAAUUUAUUUGCAUUCUUUAUAACCAUCUAAAAAUUUAAUUUCUUAUUAAACUUUUGUUGAUCUCAAAAAUAUUUAUUAAGUAUAACAGAAACUGAUGGACAAAGAAGCUAUUUUGAAUACUCUUUGUGAAUUAGUAGGACUUGAAUAAGGAAAUUAUUCUGAUAUCAUAUAAUUGAUUGAAAAUGAAUGGUAAAUAGAAUUAUAAGAAAAACAUUAAUAUAAAUACAGAUAAGGUAAUUCUGAAUUUAAUUUUAGGGAUGAUAUUAAAUGUUUUUAGCUUUAUGAUUUAAAUUUGGCAAUUUAAACUAUUAAAUAUAGUAUCAAUUGGAAUUAUUAAAAUGGUUAAGGAAUGUUUAAUAUAAAAUUCCCAUUAGACUAAAGGUUUGUAAGUUUUAAGUGCUCUUUUGAGAAAAUAAAUUGCUAAUUCUCCUAUUAAUUUUAAAGAAAUUUAGGAUGAUAUUAAAUAAAUCUAAGAAUUAUUUAUAGAGCUUUAUAAAGAUGAACCAGACUUCUUUAAUUAGAUAAUUCAAAUCUAUUAUCUUUUUUUAUUGUUAGAUAUUGCUGAUUAUAAAAUAACAUUUUAAUUUCUUCUUUAACACAAUUAACAAAUAUGCAAGAAUCAAUAAUUAACAUUGUUAUGCCUACUUUUUUGUAAUCUCAAACAAGGAAAUUAUUAGGAAUUGAUAAUUCAAAAUUAUUGUGCCAUACUCUAAGAAAAAAUGUAAUAAUAAAAAUAUUAUUAGAAUAUAAGAUGAAGUAAGAACUUAUAGUGAAUUAAUUUGCGGAUUAUCAAUCCUUGAUUUUAAUCAAUAUGAUGUUAAACAUUUAUUAAUAGAAAUCUAGAGAACCUUAUCUAAUAACAGUAUAAUACUAAUUUAUUAAUAGAAAUGAUCAACAUUAUGAUUCAAAGAGCCACCAAUUACAUUAAAUAUAAUAUUCCAAAUUACAUUAACUAUUUAAUAAACUUCUUUAAUUGUAUGUUAUUUAAAUAACAUAUUGUAUUUGAUUUAGAAUAACUUACAAUUGAAAAUGAAAAUAGUUAAAGUUUAUCACAAUCUAUUAAGAAAAUGAGAUCUGAUCUAAUUCCUAAUAAUUUAUCAUUGAUUAAUUAAAUUAUAGAACUCUUUGAAAUAAAGUUUAAUAUGAAAAUGGAAUUUUGUAAAGAAAUUGUGUAAAAAUGUAAAUAUUAUUGAUAAAUGUUUAAGUGAAAUUGGAUGCGUCUAGAUUAUAAAUUUAAACUGAAGAAGAGAUAAGAAUAUAGUAAUUUCAUAUUGAUUGA